AUUCUUUCUGUUGCCCAAACAGCAUCCGCACACUUCUCUCUCACUUAUCCUCCUACACGCGGAUUUAGUGAGAGCAUCGAGGCCAAUGCUCCCUGUGGUGGAUAUGACACACCCUCAGCCAACCGUUCUUCAUUCCUUCUGAAAGAUGGCUUUGUCGAGAUUAAUGCCGAGCAUCCUUCUUAUACAUACCAAGUCAAUAUCUUGAUCAACAGCAACCCAACUAGUGCUGAUUUCACUAGCUCAAAUCUCGUAACUGUAGCUAGUGGCCAGAACUCCUUCCCUUUGGCUGCCUGCAUUCCCGUAAACUUGACCGAUGUUUCCGGUGCUACAAAUGGAACCUUGGCUACUCUUCAAGUCACAUUUAAUGGAGGUGAUGGUGCAUUGUACCAGUGCACAGACGUUGUUUUGACAAGCAACACCGAGGGCUUUAACAGCAGCAAGUGUAUCAACGCUGAUGGUUCUUCUUCUAGUGCCACUGCUUCCCAGUCAAGCUCU